AUGCCUGGUCGAGGAAGCAAAAGCUCGUUGUCAAGUUCUUGGGGCCGGCUGAAGCCAGUAGAGCAAGAUCCUCUGCAGAGCAUGGGGUUGCCAUCAAAAGGAGAUACUCGAUUGCUUGACUAUAAAACACAAGAGAAUUUCUACACCAAUAUUGUGGACAAAUACAUGGCAUUCUGUUCCGAGGCGGGGCAACGGGACGAGCUUCUACGCCGCUUAUCUUCCCUUCAUAUUGAUGCGAUGCCCGCUGCCGAUAGCCGUAUACCAAUCCCUCAAUAUACUAAUAGCAGUGCUGGAGCCUCGCGUUUCAUUCCCACCGACAAUAUGUCAAGCGCCAACGAUCUCUCCGGUAUUCUGGUAGCUCUACGAAAACUCAGAGAAGGCAUUGUCGCUUCAAGCCGUGUCGAUGAGUUUUCGGCACAAGCAUACUUAUUUUGUAUACGCUUGUCUGUUUUGGCGAAACAGCCAGAAUCAUAUCAUGCUGCUAUAUUACACCUUUUGCAUGUAAUUCAUGUUAGACACCCGCUUACAUCAUUGGAAGUUCAAGAGGUGGCUGGAUAUCUUGUGCUGGACACAGCGUGUCGCCGACGACAGCUUGCGGAGGCAAUUGCGAUUCGCCAGCAGUUCAAACUGCAGGAUGAGAAAGUAAAUGCAGUCCUUCAGGCUAUCAUACAUGACAAUUACGUCCUUUUUAGGCGAAUCCAAAAAAAUGUGGACGGCCAUAAAGCUCGGUUGAUGGAGUGGGCAGAAAGGGAUGUAAGAAUACAUACUCUCAAGUGUCUCGGGCGAACAUACCUUUCUGUGGACUUCAAGUUUCUAGAGGAUAUCACAGCGUCUAAAUGGGAAGAUUUGACAAGAAACGAUGGCGUGGGGUGGGAGCUGGACAAAGAAAGAGUCAUCAUUCGAAAAUUCAAGACUCGGUGA